GAAGGUAGAGAACCAAAAAUGUCAGACCUGUAUUCAAUUCUGCAGACUCUUAUGGGCGAGCAGGAGGCCCGAGAAGCUCAACGGAGGGAAGAGAGUGCACGGCAAGAACAACGGUUUAAAGCAUUACAACAUCAGUUUCAGCUAUUACAGCUGGAGGUACAGGCACGUACAACUCCUGUUCCUGAUUCUCCACCCAUGGAGGGUGAGCCAGUGGAUGUAGAGCCACCUGAUUUAAGUGGGGGACUACAGGUUAGAGUAGCUUCCCCUUUGGAGAAGGUUGCAUCAUCUCAACUCUCAGCAGGUCAGUCUCAGUUUCAUCAUAUGCCUAGAUUGGAAAAGCUUUCAGACAAUGAUGAUAUUGAACAUUUUUGGACUACAUUUGAGCAAAUUGUAGCAGCAUGUCGACGGUCUGAGGGCGACUGGGUUUUUCAUCUGAUACCCCUGCUGACUGGUAAGGCGAGAGGUGCCUAUGUACAUAUGGACUUGGAUGAUGCUCAGGAUUAUGAAAAAGUAAAAAGUGCUAUUCUAACUAAAUACGACAUAAAUCCUGAGACUUAUAGGCAGAAAUUCCGCUCCCUGGAGGUGAAUCCUGAUGAGAGCCCCAAAGAAUUGUAUGUAAGGCUUAAGGAAUUAUAUGGGAAGUGGAUCCAGCCAAAUGGUAAAACUAUACAACAGAUUGGUGAAACAGUUAUUUUAGAACAAUACUUGAGAAUGAUGUCUCCAGAGUUACAGGUGUGGAUUAAGGAGCAUAACCCAGAAUCUGCGGCAGAAGCAGCCACACUGGCUGAGGUGUUUGUGGCUGCUCCGAAAAAGAAUCAACCAUGGAGUUAUACUGCUUGGCAAGCCACUAGAGUUCCACUAAAGAGCAAGCCGACUGUUCCUCAACCCCAUCAGAGGAUAAGCACGAGUGGGGAGAAGUUUCCGAUGAGAGAACGGCUGGAGAAAAUGUCUGAGGCCCAGCAGUACCAGAAGAUAUGGUAUGAUCGGUCCGCUUGA